UAGCAGACUGUGUUUUCCCUUGACGAAACGUGGCAUCAAAGUGUGUACUGUUGGCACUUCUCUCAAAUGUAUCUUCCAGAUCGAGUGAAAUAAUCGUUUCGCUGUCUUGAGUGACAUGACGUUCUAUCGUACAAAAAGCAUGAAGUGGCAUAUCAUAUUCAUAGCAUUUGCUGCUUUUCUUCUUACUACAUAUGCAGAGGAAGAAGAAGAAGCUGCAAGAUUAUUGAUAUCUAAACAACUACUUAAUAAAUACCUUGUAGAAAAUAUGGACAUUGUAAUUAAAUAUACAGUGUAUAACGUUGGCAGCGCAGCUGCAUUAGAAGUUGAAAUUACAGAUAAUUCUUUCCAUCCUGAUCAUUUCACUCAUGUCAGUGGAGAAUUAAAUGCAAGGAUAGAUCGUGUUCCACCCUAUACAAAUGUCAGUCAUAUAGUUGUUGUAAGGCCACGUAAAUUUGGAUACUUUAACUUCACAUCAGCCGAAGUUUUAUAUAAACGCAAAGAAGAUGCUCCUAACUUACAAUUUGCCGCAAGUAGUGAACCUGGUGAAGCAAUAAUUGUAUCAUUUAGAGAUUAUGAUAAACAAUUUUCUUCACAUGUUGUUGACUGGGCUGCAUUUGCUGUGAUGACAUUACCUUCAUUAGCUAUUCCUUUUGCAUUAUGGUAUUCUAGUAAAAGCAAAUAUGAAAAAUUACUUAAAACUACAAAAAAACAUUAAUCAUAUACUUAUCCUAAGUCAUUCAACAGAAACUUUUUUCUAUACAAAUAUGAGAAAUUCGACUGUCCCCCCUUUCUGUACAUCUAAUUUUAUAAUAAAUAUUAUUUAUAAAUAAUUUA